AUGACGGACGACGCGAAGAAGGCUUCUGAAUCGGAAAUAAAGGCAGCAGGGGAAGAGGCGACAGUCUCCGACGCGGCUGAAUCCGUUCCUGUGCCGGAAUCUGGUGGCGGAUGGGGAGGCUGGGGGUUUUCUCCACUUUCGUAUUUAUCAGAUCUACAGAAAGCUGCUGCUGUGGCCGCAGAAGAGAUCUCUCGCAAUGCUGUUGAGGCUGCAAAGACAGCAGCAAAGACCAUUUCAGAGACUGUAGCUGAAGACUCAGAAUCUUCUAUAGGUGAAGGUAAAGAAGGGUCUGCAGCUGAAGAAGAGAAAAAUGAUGACAGUAGUGAAGAUGAGGAUAAAAAGAAAGGGAAAGCAGCUCUGGAUAAACUAGUGAAUGCCAGUGAUGAAUCCAUUCUCAGUCAGGGUCUGAAAGUUUUAGAUACAUCAGUGGAAUCAUUUGCUUCAGGAGCUUGGGAAGCACUUGGAAGUGCUUGGAAAGGGUUUGAGAAUUCAGCUUCAAGUAUGGCCGAGUCAAUUCAACAUGGGGGUUCACCAAAGACAGUGGGGUCUGUUGCCCCAUCUUUGUUAGAGACUGGAAAAGCCUUUACACAGAAGGGUAUGCAAAUGCUUGAGCAAGUCGGAAAAGAAACCAUGGAUCUUUUAAUUUCAGAAACUGGGAUUCAAGUGGAGAAAAAGUCCGAUGCAACGAUAGAUGAAGAUCAAUUGUUCGAAGAAACCACAUUCGACAGGUGCUUUUAUAUAUAUGGAGGCCCAGAACAGCUAGAGGAGCUGGAGGCUUUGUCCAAUCAUUAUGCCUUGUUGUAUAACCGAAGAAAGGCAAAACUAUCUUCUGAACAAAAAUCAAUCUACGAUGGAAAGCUUAAAGAAGUACAACAGAUAUUUGAUUUGGGUGCUGAACUUGAUGGAACCAUUACCGAAUCAGAAAAAGGGAAGGAAAUAAAAGCUGGAAAUGAUGACGGCACCGAUGAAUUGAAACGGAUGCAUGAUGCCAGCAUUCGUAAAGCUGCUGAGCUGGCUGCAGGUUUUGCAAGUGCUUUGUCUGGACUGGGAACAACAGACGUAGUUCAGAGAACAUCCGGGCGGCUCGAUGCUUUACAUUCAGAGGGGGUUCAUAGGCUUUCCGAAAUAUGCUGUUAUGCGGCAACUCAACUGCUGAUGCUUGGAAAGUCCCUCAUAUCCAACACAAACAAAGUGCAAGAUCAAGAGAUCGAGGAGGACAUGAUCAAGAUUGAUUGGCCGGAGGAUAUGUUGGAAAGAGCCCACAUAAUCAGAGCAAAGGCACAAUCAAUGACUGCAAAUAUGGAAUCCGUUUACAACAGUUUCAUUACAGGCAUAUCAGAUGUAGCAGAAGCUUAUUCAGCAGCGCUGAAAAGCGCCAAGUCACAAGAAACGGAAGCUGAAGCCAACCUGGGGAAGUCAGUAGAGGAGAAGGCGAGUGCAUUCAAGGAACGUCUUCGCACAGAUCAAGCCACGGCAGCGGGUAAAGUGGUGGACGGGAUUCAAUUCUUGACUUACCUGAUUGUCACUACCUCAAUGCCCGUUGCUGCUUGAAAAGGCGAUGCAUCAGUAGGUCAGAUCCUGUAGUGCAGUCCACCCGUAAAUACAACCAGCGUCUCCUGCAAGGUUCUUCUUAGCUGCUGCUGCUGCUAUUUUCUCUGGUAACUUUGUACUACUUCCUCUGUUUUAUUGAAGGGAAGAAGAAAGCAUGCUUUUUCUUUACUCUAUUUUUAUCUAUUGGUGUGGUGUGCUAUUAUUUCCACGCUGAAAUAAUAAAUACAUGCAUACAUACACUUA